UACAAUUAAUCAAUAAAAGAAACGCAGAGAGAGAGUAGACCAAAAGACUCGCUUGACUCGAGCAAAACUUAGCGUUGUUUUUGAUACUCAACUGGCUUAACUUUUCAGUGCCGUCACCAUCUUUCAAAACUUUACCUGUACAUGUAGGGUCGAAAGAGUCACCAUCUUUCAGUGACUGCACUUCCGCAGCCAUGGCUGCCGGCGGCCGCCGCGGCAAAGCCACGCCAAAAAUCGCAACCACUGCCACCAAAUGCAAAGUCAAAAUAUGCAAAAGCCAAGAUCACCUAUUAACCCCACAAAUCGUCUCCCUCCUCUCCUCCGCUACCUCCGCCGCCCAUUUCUUCCUUCUCCGUCACGAUCUCUUUCUCCUCCCAUCCCAAUGCCUCUCCCUUGAAUCGCUCCUCUCAUCCCUUUCCUCUCUCCUCCCUUCUCCUCGUCCUCCUCCAUUUCCUCCCUCUCCUUCCCCUUGGUUCAACCGCUUCCUCUCUCUUCCCUCUUCCAUCUCCGACCCCCUCUGGCCUCGCUUUUUCCGGAUGUCUAAACCCACCUUCUCUCAGCUCCUUUCAACCCUUUCCCCUUCCUUUCCUCCCCCUUUUCCUCCCGACUCCUCCCUCGCCGUCGCUCUCUUCCGCCUCGCCCACGGCGCCUCUUACAAAUUCCUCGCCCGCCGCUUCGGUUUUUCGUCCUCCGCCGACGCCUGCCGUGCUUUCUACACCAUUUGCAAGCUGGUCAACGAUAAAUUAGGCAAUUCCCUCGAUUUUCAAGCUGAUAUCAGCCGUAUUGUGGUGGGUUUUGGGUGGAUUUCACUUCCCAAUUGUUGCGGCGUUUUGGGUUUUGGGCGUUUCGAGGUUGAUGGGCAGCUUAUGGGUUCAAAUGGGUCGCUUUUUGUUCAGGCAUUGGUGGACUCUGAAGGUAGAUUUUUGGAUAUCUCAGCUGGUUGGCCUUGUUCAAUAAAACCUGAAUCAAUUUUGCAUCAAACGAAGCUUUUCUCGCGAGUAGAGGAAUCAAGAGAGUUAUUAAACGGGCCUUGUUCUAAGCUUAGUGAUGAAAAUUUUGUUCCUCAAUACAUAUUGGGCGAUUCUUGUUUCCCUCUCUUGCCAUGGCUUAUAACCCCUUAUUUGAGGACCAAUGAGGAGGGAGAUAGUUUGGGUUCACCGGAGAGAGAGUUCAAUGCGGUGCACAGUCGAGCAAUGGGGCUGGUUGAGAUGGCGUUUGGGAGAGUUAGAGCUAGGUGGCAGCUGCUUUCUAAGAGGUGGAAAGAGAGAUGUGUUGAAUAUUUGCCGUUUGCGAUUGUGAUGGGGUGUUUGUUGCAUAAUUUUUUAAUCAAGUGUAGCGAGCCAUUGCCAGAAGAAAAUGUGGAGAACUCAAGGGAGGACGAAGAGGAGCUGAGGCCUGUCUCCGAAGAAGAUGUGGAUGAGAGAGGGCAGAGGAUCCGGGAUGCCAUUGCUCAGCAUUUGAAUCGGGUGAGUUUGAGAAAAUGAAUGCGUUAAUUAUAUGCUCGCAGGUUCAUGGCUGUAGUUUGUUAUCCCAUGGUAGAUUGUAUGUGAAUGCUUCAAUGUUAUAUUGGAAUUUGCUGAGGGAAACAUGUUGAUACCUUUGGAUCCAAGGCAAUUUUGGAUA